AUGUCCUGCCUCUCGACCAUGCCGGCCACGCCCCGAAAGCUCGCGCGAUGCAGUGGCUCGGAGACCACAGUGGUUCCGGAGCUCAGCGACAGCGAGAGCCUCGAGGGGACCUGCUCCUCCAGCCUUCCUUCUCCACGCCCAGACACACCGGAGUGCGGUGUGGGCGGGCAGUGCAAGGUUUUCGUCAAGACUACGUUCCUCGAUGUGGAUGAGGGUGAAGGCCUCAUGCAGUGCUUCACGCAGCUGCGGGGUCGGACCAUGUCAGACUCGGCUUUGGUGAUCGCCUUCGACAUCGAGGAGGCCUACAUGCCCGGAAAGUUCAGUGAGGAGCAUGCCAGUGAUUGCACGGCAAAACCUACGGUGGCAAAGGCAACAGAGCCAGCCACCCAGCCGAAAUCGCAGCCAGUUCAGAAGAAGAUCAGCCCGGCAAAGCAGGCUUCGGGCAGAACGACCCUCAUGCUGCGCAACGUUCCCAAUAACUACACGCGAGAGAUGUUCCUAGCCCUCCUUGACGACAACGGCUUCGCUGGCCGCUACGACUUCGUCUACUUGCCCUGUGACUUCCGGCGCCAGGCGAACCUGGGCUAUGCCUUCGUAAACCUCGUGGAUGCCUCCGCCGUGGAUGCCGCCUGGGCCGCUUUCGAUGGCUUUGUGGAUUGGGCUCUGCCAACUCAGAAGGUUUGCGAAGUGGGCUGGAGUGGUCCUCACCAGGGGUUCAAGGCGCAUGUGGAGCGCUACCGGAACAGUCCGGUGAUGCACCGAAGCGUUCCGGACGCCUACAAGCCCAUCAUCUUCCAAGACGGCGUGCGCCAAAACUUCCCGCGGCCGACGAGGAAGAUUAAGGCGCCUGCCGGGGGAUGCUAA